AUGUUGAAUGUCAUCAAUCCAUAUGUAUCAAUUUUUUGCACUGCUCGAGACAUGAUUCGUGAGAAUAGUGCUCAAGAAUUGUAUAUUCGCAUUUUGAGUUCGAGGGAUGGAAGACAGUACACUAGACCCAUUACAAUUGAAAUUGCCGCAUUAAUUGUUGGUGAUGGGUCUUUCUCCAAGUUCAUGGUUGAGAGUCUGCACAAGAUCCAAGGAAUACAUGCUGGUGUCAUCCCCAAUAUUUUGGAUGUCAACAUUCUUGAUGAAGUUGUUAUAGUAUCUAGUGAAGAAUCUAUCGAAACUGCUAAGCUUCUUGCACUGAAAGAAGGUUUGCUGGUAGGGAUUUCAUCAGGGGCUGCUGCUGCUGCUGCAAUAAAGAUAGCAAAGAGGCCAGAAAAUGCUGGUAAACUCAUUGUUGUUAUUUUCCCCAGCUUCGGAGAGCGUUAUCUGUCAACAAUACUGUUCGACUCCUUUAGGCAUGAGGCAGAAAACAUGGUUAUUGAAUGA